CAACUUGUGCAGCAUGAAUACAUUUCACUUUAAGUGACCUGAAUACUCCUCUGUGGAUAUUUUCUGAAGCUUUCUGAGAGUGGAGUUUGCUUAAUUGUCAAGGAGAUAGUUCAGUUGUCAUUUGAAGCAGCCGCAGUAAUGCAAACACACCAAACUGAACAGCAAGACCGAUACUCCGAGCUCCAGGCUCCUUCAUCCCAACUACAGAGUGAGAAGGAAAGCAGUAAUCUCAUCAGACCCCAGAAACCUCUCAAUCCUUUAACUGCCUCCAGGAGUCACCAGGAGCUCCACAAGGAACUGCGGAUGACCCACAAGAGGAGAGUGUCUCAGGAAGGAAAGACUGAACUCCAGAGGGUUUUAGAAAAGAGGAGAUGGGAACAAAGGAUGAAGGCGAGCCGGGCUCAGGAGGAGGCAAAGAAGAACAGAUCACCACUUCAGCAGGAACUGCUGAAAAGACAUCAGAGGCUAGAGAAGCUGGAGAGCGACAAAGGACAACAGCAAGAGGGGCCAGAGUUCCUCCAAGUCAAAGAGAGACUGAGAAGAACCGCCAUGCUGCAUGCAGAAGGAAAAGAAGUGUGACGAUUUUGAGUGUAUGUGCAUGUUUUCUGUUGAUGGACUGUUGGGAAUAGGUGACUUGGCGGAGAUUGUCACUGUUGCGAUUUAGGAUUUUAAAAAGUAAAUAAAUAAAUUUAAACCAAUACAAUAAAUAGAUAACGCUGCUCAGCAUUCAUGGUGAACACACACAUCCGAUAAAUCAUCCCAGUGAUUAUAUAAGCAAAGGUUCAAGAAGUGCUGCCUUUUAUGUGUUUUAUGUGUGUCUUUCUGCUGUUUGCAUACUGUUUAACAAGAUGCACAUUCUCCUUUGUUGUCAGUACAUUGAGUAGAGACAAAUUUUUAUAAUUUUAUUUUUGGGGGCAUUUACCCAUCUUACCCUGAACAUGUCAUUGUCUUAUACAGCCACAUCAGAUCUAUCUUGUGUGAUGUUGGAAAGUGUCAUAUUCUUAGGUUUUGAGUUAUGUUGUGGACUUUGUUUUGGAGUUUAUGUUCUGUUUCCUGUUUUAUGUUGUGGUAUCACUCCGCAUGUGUUAUGUCUGGUUUUACUUCCUGUCUUUGUCUGUUUUGCCACCAUGGUGUUUCUCUGAUUAGUUUCACCUGUCCCUCAUUAGCUGCGCUGUCCUCAACCUGUUCUCACUUUCCUUUAUGGUUUUCCUGUGUCCUUAGCUCUCCCUGCCUUUGUCUGUUUCCCUCCUGUUUUCUAUCACACCUGUCCUUUAUCAGUCUGAUUUGUCCUUCCUUGUUAGAGUCUUCCCUGCACACACGUUCUGUUUUAGUCUUGUUUGCUCCACCCUUAUGUUCUCUGCCACACAUUCAAUAUUUUACCAAACCCUGUGUUUCCCUCCUUUUCCCUGUGUCAACCGACCUCAGCUGUGUGCUGUUGUUCUGAUUAGUUAGGUGUGUACAUACACCAGUGUGUCUCCCUUUUUCAGUUUGUCUAUUAACCUCUCUGUUAUCCUCCCGUCCCGCUGCUGUUUGUUGCUGUC